AUGUCGACUCUCGUGCCAAGACUUGCUCUGCGACAGCCGACGUGCCUCUCAGCCAGGCGCACCCUCACAAGAGGCAGCCCCCUGCGCUCCGACUCUUCGUCGUUGUCAUUGUCGGCGUCGAGAAUCUGUCGCCGUCGCUAUGCAAGCUCUUACCCAGGCCAUCCGCCCCCACCACAGCGCCGCGGCGGCUCUAAGGUCGUUCCCAUCCUCGGCGGCCUCGCAGCUGAGAUCGAGUUUGAGAAGAAGCGCAAGGCGCCCAAGGACAAGGAGGACAACCGCGCCCUCCUCUCGUCUCAGCACGUCCAGGUCAAGAACAGCUGGGAGAACCCGGGGGUCUACGCUUGGGGCUCCAACGCUGGCCGGGCAGUCGCGCCCGAGUCCAAGGAGGCCGUGGUCAAGACGCCGCGGCGCAUCACAUGGUUCGACGGGAUGCUGCUGCGGGAUCUGAAGUUGGACCAGGCGUUUGGCGUUGCCGUCACGGAGCAGGGCGAUCUGGUACAGUGGGGCACAGGAUACUGGGCUGAGGACCCCAGGCCGAGCUAUACACUGAAGGGUAUGGAUAUUGUGAAGCUGGCCAUCUCGAGGGACCGCAUCCUGGCGCUCUCUAAGGGCGGGUCGGUCUACUCGCUGCCGGUGGCGAGGUCGGACCAGCUGGGCGGCAGCACCAAGCCUAACGAGGAGGGGUCAUCAUCAUCGUCAUCCUGGUUGUCGUUCUGGUCGAGCCCUGGCGCACCCAUCAACUAUCGCCAGAUCAAACCCGCCGACCUGGGCUGGGGAGAGAAGAUUGUGGAUAUACAGAGCGGGCAGGACCAUACGCUCCUUUUGACAUCAUCCGGCCGCGUGUUCUCUGCGGCGUCGAGCACUGAGAACUUCCCGUCCAAGGGCCAGCUGGGCGUCGCAGGUCUGACAUGGCUUACGAGACCUAAGGGGCCUGUCGACCAGGCUCACGAGAUCAGCACGCUCAAGGGCUUCAGGGCCAAGAAGAUCGCCACAGGCGACUACCACUCGCUGGUGCUGGACGACGAGGGGCGGGUCUUUGUGUUCGGCGACAACUCGGUGGGCCAGCUCGGCUUCCCGGCCGACUCGGACGAGGCCACAAUCGACGUGCCCUCAUUGCUCCCCUUCAACAAACUCUACCGGGGUACAGAGCUGGCGCCCAGGGUGACCUCGAUCGCGGCCGGCGGGUCCAACUCCUUCUUCACCGUGGACGCGGCGCGGCUGCUCUCGCAGUCGAGCGAUACAACAGGAGCACCAGCACCAGCACCAGCACCAGCACCAUCAACUGAGAUCACCACGGCACCGGCACGCGCGCUUGGCAAGGUGGUGGCCGACACGUGGGCGGCGGGCGAGGGGAUCUAUGGGGGUCUCGGCACUGGCCGGUGGACGCACGUCUCGAGCGGACCGACCAAGAUCAAGGCACUGUCAGGCCUGUUUGAGUGGGACGAGAAGGCCAACUCGGUGGUGCCGAUCCGACUGGCGCGGGUGUCGGUCGGGGCGACGCACACGGCGGCGGUGAUGGACAACAUGACGUACGUGGACGCAUCGGGGCGGACGGGCGCCAACGACACGAAUUGGGGCGCGGAUAUCGUGUGGUGGGGUGGCAACGAGUUCUACCAGCUUGGAAACGGCAAGAGGACCAACUCGAAUGCGCCCAUCUACAUUAGCCCGCUGGACGGGGGCGCAGGGGACGCCAGGGCGGGCAGGAAGGGCGAGGAGCACCGGUUCCAGAUCACGCCGCGGCAGACGGUGCGGCUUGGGGAGGGAGGCAAGGGAAGAAAGGUGAGUGUCGAGCAGAGGGUGGAGUGUGGGCGUUAUGUGACGGCUGUCUAUUCAGGGACCUGA